AUGAAGAACAGUCUUGUCAUCGCAGCAGCUGCGCUGCUGGGUGCCGCCGAUGCGGGCAUGCAUCGUAUGAAGCUUCAGAAGGUGCCUUUGUCGGAGCAGCUGAGCGCUGCCAACAUUGGCGACCAUAUGCGUGCUCUUCGCCACAAAUACACUCAGAAGCCCAUCGGUGGCCCAAGUGAGGACAUUUUCCGUGACACUUCAAUCCAUCCUGAUGGUGGUCCCCACGAUGUUCCGGUCGAGAACUUCCUGAAUGCGCAAUACUUCAGUACCAUUGCGCUCGGAACACCGCCGCAGGAAUUCAAGGUCGUCCUCGACACUGGCAGCUCCAACCUCUGGGUCCCCAGCACCGAGUGCGGUUCCAUCGCCUGCUACCUCCAUCAGAAAUAUGACUCGUCGGCCUCGUCUACCUACAAGAAGAACGGAUCUGAGUUCGGAAUUCGCUAUGGAUCCGGAGAGGUGGCUGGCUUCAUCUCUCAGGACGUCCUGCGUAUCGGAGACCUCACGGUCAAAGAUCAAUUGUUCGGAGAGGUGACCAGCGAACCUGGUUUGGCUUUUGCCUUUGGCCGUUUCGAUGGCAUCUUGGGUCUGGCUUAUGAUACCAUCGCGGUCAACCACAUCCCUCCCCCCUUUUACAAGAUGAUAGACCAGGGCCUGCUUGACGAGCCUGUCUUUGCGUUCUACCUGGGUAACACGGAGGAUGGCACCGAGUCUGAGGCCACCUUCGGCGGUAUAGACCCCGACCAUUACACUGGCAAGAUGAUCAAGAUCCCACUCCGACGGAAGGCUUACUGGGAGGUCAACCUCGACUCCAUCACCCUUGGCGAUGAUUCGGCAGACCUUGACAACACCGGAGUCAUUCUCGAUACCGGCACCUCGCUGAUUGCUCUCCCAAGCACCCUCGCAGAACUGCUCAACAAGGAAAUUGGCGCCACGAAGGGCUUCAAUGGCCAGUACACUGUCGACUGCAGUAAGCGCGACUCGCUCCCAGACAUCACCUUCACUCUGAGCGGGUACAACUUCUCCAUCACAGCUUAUGACUACAUUCUUGAGGUCCAAGGUUCUUGCAUCAGCAGCUUCAUGGGCAUGGACUUCCCGGCUCCCACGGGUCCUCUUGCUAUUCUUGGUGAUAGCUUCUUGAGGAGAUGGUAUAGCGUUUAUGACUUGGGCAACGAUGCGGUUGCUUUGGCCAGAAGCAAGUAA